AUGGCUCCGGUGGAUCCACACUCAUUCGCUGACUCCGAGCAGCCCUUCGCCACCCACAUUUCCCUCUCCCUGUAUCUGGACUUCUCCCAGUCCACCAUCCACGGCACAGCUCUCUUUACCCUCCCCAGAGCCCACGCCGGCGCCAUCACCCUCGACACCCGCUCCCUCCACAUCUCCGCCGUCCUCCACCCUGAAACCCUCGCCCCUCUUCCCCACCACCUCUCCUUCCCGCCGGACCCCAUCAAGGGCCAGGCUCUCACCGCCACACUCCCCUCCCUCUCCUCCUUCCUCGUCGCCUUCUAUACCUCCCCUUCUUCCUCCGCCCUCCAAUGGCUCUCCCCCCCGCAGACCUCCGGCAAGGUUUCCCCCUUCGUCUACACCCAGUGCCAGUCCAUCCACGCCCGCUCCAUCUUCCCCUGCCAGGACACCCCCGCCGCGCGCAUUCGCUACUCCGCCCGCCUGAACAUCCCCGCCGGCCUCUGCGCCGUAAUGGCCGCCGCGCGGGGCCGGCGCCGCGAGCCCCACGCUGGCGAGGCGGCGCCGGCGUGCCCCGACGGCACCUGGUGCGCGGAGGACAGGAUGGUGGAGGAGUUCCAGAUGGAGCAGCCGAUCCCGCCAUACCUGUUCGCCUUCGCCGCCGGCGAGAUCAGGAGCAGGGAGGUGGGGCCGAGGACCUGCGUGUACGCCGAGGGCGGGGUGGAGGUGGUGGAGUCGGCGGCGAGGGAGUUCGCCGGCGCGGAGGAGAUGAUCCGGGUGGGGGAAGGCCUCUUCGGGCCUUACGAGUGGGAGAGGUUCGACUUACUGGUGCUGCCGCCGAGCUUUCCCUACGGGGGCAUGGAGAAUCCGAGGAUGGUGUUCUUGACCCCGACGGUGAUCAAGGGCGACGCCAGCGGCGCGCAGGUGGUGGCGCACGAGCUCGCCCACAGCUGGACGGGGAAUCUCAUCACCAACAAGACCAACGAGGACUUCUGGCUCAACGAGGUUCCUCCACCUCCGCUGCUCCGUUCCCAUCCAUCCCUGAAGUAACGUCAUCAUCAUCAUCCUCUUUGCGGUUUCUAGGGUUUCACGACGUACGCAGAGAGGAGAAUAGUGGAGGCGGUGCAGGGGGAGGAUCGGGCGGCACUGAACAUCGGAAUCGGAUGGAGGGGCCUGAACAACGAGAUGGAGAGGUUCAAGAACAACAUGGAAUUCACGAAGCUGAAGACUAACCAGGAGGGCGUCGAUCCGGACGAGGUCUACUCCGAGGUCCCCUACGAGAAGGGCUUCCACUUCCUUUGGCGCAUCGAACGGCAGGUACCGACGGAUCUCCCAACCCAAAAUCCAUAGCUAGUUAGAUCCCUGCAACAGCAAAAAAAAAAAAACACGCCGUCAGAAUCCUCCUGCAAUCCUCAUCAGAUCGGACGGGACGAGUUCGAUCGGUUCCUGAAGAAGUACAUCGAGAAUUUCAAGUUCCAGUCGGUGGACACGGAGACCUUCGUGGAUUUCCUGAAAGAGAACGUACCAGGGAUAGAUCAGGAGAUCGACCUCGAGGUGUGGAUCUACGGCACCGGCAUCCCCCCGGACGCCGCCGAGCCCGUCUCCGCCAUAUACUCCAAGAUCCUCUCCCUCUCGGAGAAGAUCAAGCUCGGGGAGAUGCCGGCGGAGGAGGAGGUGGCGGAGUGGUGCGGCCAGGAAUGGGAGCUCUACCUCGAGAACCUCCCCAAGCCUCUGGAACCUUCUCUGGUGACGGAACGCCCCUCUUCUCCAUGAUUAUGAACUCCCGCCCGCCUCCUGGGAGAGAUUUGAAAGGGAUCUCCCGCCAUUUUUGUUCUCCCUGCGCAUUUGCAGGUGGCGGCGCUUGACGCGAGGUUCGGCCUGACGGAGAGCGGGGACUGGGAGGUGAAGGUGGCCUUCCUCCAACUGGCCAUCGCCUCCGGCUGCAAGGAGUACAUGGCGGUGGUGGAGAAGGCUCUGAAGGCGGUGGGGAGGAUGAAGUAUCUCCGCCCCCUCUACACCGCCCUGCUUCAAUGCCCCGAGAAGGAGGAAGGGAAGAUACUCGCCCACCGGCUCUUCGCAGAGGCCCGUGAGUCCUAUCACCCCAUCGCGCAAGGCGUGGUGGAGAGCAUCCUCUCCAGGCACCAGUAG